AUAUAUAUAUAUAUAUAUAGUAUUCUCUAUCUCCCAAUGUUAGCCUAGCUACUUGAUGCGCUUGUAGUACACCGGAAGUCAUAAGCGAUACUUCCUUGGCAACCUAGCGAGUCCCUGGCAACUACUGGAGCGAACAGGCAGAAUAAUGUCGAAGAUAAUCGGAGCCAAAAAAUCACUUUGGCAACAAGUGUGUGAAGAGUAUGAAGCGGAGCAGCCCAGUCCUCCCAGUGCUGUGUGGACAGAUAGUAGCUCAGUGAGCACCCAGCUCUCCCAGUACAGCGCCAGUACACACUCCCCAGUCUUCUAUGGACUCACCACAGCCAAGGUGUUUGUGGACGAUGAUCCUCUCAGAGACUUUGACCCUCUUCUUUUCCACCCUGCUCUCGCUGGCUACUCUGUGUUAGGAAAACCUCGUCCUUCAAGCCAGAAGUGCCCGUCAACAGCUGCAACUAUAUCACCUCCACAGCUACAUGGAGGUCCUGUCAAACGUUUUUUGGAGAGGAGAGUGUUUCCAGUGUUGUUGCCUGGACUGGAGGCUUUGCUGACAGAAGCCCAGAAACAUGGCUGUUUCGAGAAGAAAAAAACAGCAUUUAACCCAUGCGACUUCCUGACUGAGUGGCUCUACAACCACAACCCCCGCAGACGAGAACAGGUUCCAGUGAACUUUCAUGACAUCCCUUUUGUCAAACAUUGGCUCAGCAUGCAUCCCAGGCCUCCCAUCCCUCUGUUUCUACUGCUGAGCAAGGAUCAGGCUGCUCUGCUCAUCCAGGCUUUCUGGAGGGGAUACAAGAUCAGGGCACACCCAGAUGUGCAGGAGCUGCGCCAGUGGCAGAAAGAACUGAGAGAGAACAGUGACAUUGCCAAAACUGUCGAGCAGUUCUGGGCCGAACGAGAGAACCGAGUGGGCUCUGCCAUGACAGAUCUUCCAGAAAGCCCCCAGCCCGCCGACUCAGAUGUGUCCAUCCAGGUGGUUCCCCCCACCCCCCAGAGCACCGUGGUCUACACCCCCCAGAUGACCCCUGAGGGCAGUGAGUGGCUGACCCCCAGCCUGUGAAGCGUGGAGAAAAUGGCCUCCACACCAUCACCAACUGAUUUCCUGCCUGUAUCUGACAAAUCCCUGACUGCAGCGUCUCCUUCUUUACUAGGAACUCAAAACCUGAGCUAGUCUAGUGGCAACUGAGAUCAGUGGCUCUGUGAACUAUGUUUCUUUGGUGUUUAAAGGCUAUUAAACUCUGUUAGGUUGAUGUCAAACUGGCCAAAGUGAUCAGUCAAACAAGCCAUUAGAAACGCCUGUAACCAAUUGGAUAUGGCCAGGCAGGGAUUUAUGGUCUGAGAUUUGUGUCUAAUUAGUUGAUUGCUUUCAUUGCCUUUGAUGGAUCACUUCCCUUCAUGAGUCUCACCCGACAAAUGAACGCCAUAUACAGUAGUACGGUUCACAUAUUAUUAUUAUUAGUCGGGAGUGAAGCCUCCCGUAACAGACUUAAUAUUUCCUUGCAGCACCUCUACCUAAUAGCUCACUGGAAGAUAACCAAAUCGUAUUUCCUUGCCUUGGUAUUUCCUUUUUACUUAUCAAUACAUAUCACUCUACAAAAAAGGUUAUAGCAUUUCCAUUCAAGCCAGGAAGUGAGGCCAGAGUGAAAGGUGAGUCAGCGUGCAGAGCAGCACUUUCUAUCCUGUUUAUCAGGAAAAGGAAAUUACACUGUCAGAGAAACGGAAUAAAAAAAAAAAAAAAAGAGUUUUAAAAAACAUCACUGAGAUCACUGGUGGGUGAUUGACAGCUAUCUGACAGAGCAGCAAACAGGAAUAUAAUAUUUCUCCUUAGAUAUCCUCCUAAUGUAUUAUAAUCUCCUUGGAGCUUACUGUUUUACAUAUAAUAAUAACCCUGUUGUAUAUGUCCUGACACUAUGUGGAUUGAAUGUUGGCUUCAGUAAGGCAAGUUGAACAUUAUUGCAUAUUUAUAUAGCCUAUAUAUUGUGGAAAAGCAGCUUAAUGUCAUAGAGGGAAAAAAAAAAACUUUACUUGUUACAAAUAAAUGAACAUUUCCACCAUAGCAUAUAGGCUCGGCCUAAUACAAAAAAAAACGUCCACUCAUUAACAUGCCAUUAAAUACCAACAUCACAAUAAAUAUAUUUACAUUCUCACUAUCAUACAAAUUGUACACUAUGAUGGUUUCCUUCAGUAUUGUUUGUGUAUUUUGUACAUGCUGUAUUAUAUUUUGUGUAUUCUUACAUGACAGCAGAGUUGGAAUAUUUAUAUAUAUUUUUUUUUUGGUGUUUUACAAGCUACUAAAUUGAUACUGCUAAAGGUUAGACAUUUUGUGUCGUGCCUGAUGAAUCCAUCGCCUUCAGCAGUCUUUUUCGCCUGGUAGCAUUCAAACGCUAUCUUAAAUGUUACGUAUCAGCCAUGGAAAGUUCAUGAAAUUUGAUUAGCAAACAUAUUCAGGAUAAAAAGACUGCAUGCUGCUCAACUGCAAUGCUUUUCUCUCCUGCAGGUUAUAACUAUCUUCUCCUGUCUAUGUGUCAGUUAAACUGAGUGAAUAAAG